AUGCUAAAGCUUAAAGGAGAAUUGAGAGGGGCCAAGGAAAUGAAAGAUGAGGUGGGGGAGAGAGACAGAGAAGUAAGCAGCCUGAACAGCAAGCUCUUGAGCCUGCAGGCUGACAUUAAGAACCUACAUGAUGUCUGCAAGAGACAGGGGAAGACCUUGCAGGAGAAUCAGCUCUGUGUGGAGGAGGCAAUGAUGAACAGCCCCCACAAUAAGAAGCCAGUGUUAGCAUUCGAGGAGUCACCGAUGGCGUUUCAGCCCAGCAAACAGUGUCGUCUGAGACAACUCCAACAACUGAAGAAAAAAUUGCUGGCCCUUCAGCAAGAGCUGGAGUUUCGCACAGAGGAGCUGCAGACUUCUUACUGCUCCCUCCUGCAGUAUCAGUCCGUCCUGGAGAAGCAGACUUCUGACCUGGUUCUUCUCCACCAUCACUGCAAACUGAAAGAAGACGAGGUGAUUCUCUAUGAGGAGGAAAUGGGAAAUAAUAAUGAGAACACAGGGGAGAAGCUCCAUUUGGCACAUAAGCAACUCGCCUUGGCUGGGGACAAGAUCCUCUCCCUAGAAAGGAGCUUAAACCUCUACAGGGACAAAUACCAGACUUCCCUCAGCAACAUUGAGUUACUGGAGUGCCAAGUAAAGAUGUUGGAGGGGGAGCUCAGCGGGAUCGUCAAUCAGGAGCCGGAGAGCAAAGGUGAUCAUUCAAAGACGCGCAUGUGUGCUUCUGCCUGCGCCAUUCAGGAGCAUCAGGAGACCCUGAAACGACUGUCUGAAGUCUGGCAAAAGGUCUCUGAACAGGAUGAUCUAAUCCAGGAGCUUCGAAAUAAGCUAGCCUGUAGUAACGCUUUGGUUCUGGAGCGUGAAGAGGCUUUGAUAAAAUUACAAGCAGACUUUGCUUCCUAUACAGCCACCCACAGACAUCCUCCUAGCUCCUCAGAAGAUUGUGAAGACAUCAAAAAGAUACUGAAGCAUCUGCAGGAGCAGAAAGACAGCCAGUGCCUGCACGUGGAGGAGUACCAGAACCUCGUGAAGGACUUGCGCAUGGAGCUAGAAGCCGUGUCGGAACAGAAGAAAAACAUCAUGAAGGACAUGAUGAAGCUGGAGCUGGACCUGCAUGGGCUGCGGGAGGAGACAUCUGCCCACGUGGAGAGGAAGGAUAAGGAGGUGGCCAUCCUGCAGCGGCGGCUGCAGGAGCUGCAGAUACAGUUCACAGAGACCCAAAAGCUCGGUCUGCAGAAAGACAAGCUUCUCCAAGGGAAGGAUGAAAUGCUGCACGAGCUGGAGAAAGAACUGGCACAGGUUCAGAGCACCCUCAUGAAAAAGGAGAUGGAGCUGGAGAGGCAGCAACGACUGACAACAGAGCUCGAAAGCGCCAUCAAGGAGGCAAAGCAGGAUAAGAGUAAAGUGGAGUGUGGGGCUCUACGGGCUGAGGCCCAGAAGCUGAGGGACAGUCUCGAAGAUGCCAAACAGCAACAGAGGCUGGCUGCUCAGCAAGCAGCCCAAUAUAAAGAAGAGGCCAUGCUGGCAAAGGGUAACCUGGAGGAUUCCCAGAGGAAACUGCAAAGCUGCCUUUUCUUGGAGAAACAGAAGUCAGAGACCAUCCAGGAGCUACAGAGAGAGCUUCAGAAGCUGCAGAAGGAUUCCUUGAAGGCUGAAGAGGAACUCACACCCAGCAGGAAGCGGAUAGAGGAGCUGACAUCAGAACUCUCUGAGGCACUGAGGAAGCUUGAAAAUUCAGACAAGGAAAAGAGGCAGCUUCAGAAGACAGUGGAUGAGCAGGAUAUGAAACUGAAUGAGCUGCUGGAUCAUAUAAAACUCAUUCAACACCAGCACAGGGAGCAAGCCUCCGCCAAAAGCAAUCUAGAAGAGGAGCUUAAGGAGGUAACAAAGCUACUGGAGGAGAAAAAGGAACAGUUGAGAAAGAGCAAAGAACAGGAGAAGUUGCUGGAGCAAGAGCUUGAGGCACUCCGACAGGAAGGAAAAAGGAAAGAAAAGAUGUCAAAGGAGAAUUUGAGAAAGUUGGAGGAGGAAAAUGAGAAUAUCAAAGCACAGUUAGCGCAAUGUUCUACACAACUGGAUUCCUGUCUCAGCAAACACAACACCUCCCAGCAAGUCAUCCAAGACCUGAAUAGUGAGGUAGCCCAUCAGAAGGAGGCCUUAGCGAGUCUGCAGGCCCAGCUGGACAUGGCUCUGCAGAAAGAGAAGCAACGUCUCCAGACCAUGGUCAGUAAAGAAGCCUAUGAGGAGUUAUCCCGGAAGUCAGCCACCUGCCAAGACGACCUGACACAAGCCCUGGAGAAGCUCAAUCGUGCGACCUCGGAGACAAAGAGCCUGCACCGAAGCUUGACACAGGCCCAAGAGAGGAAAGUUCAGCUGGAAGAUGAAAUCAUUGCUUAUGAGGAGAGGAUGAAAAAGCUCAACAUGGAAUUAAAAAAACUGCAGGGCUUCCACCAGGAGAGUGAGAUAGAGGUGCACGCCUUUGACAAGAAGCUGGAGGAGAUGAGCAACCAAGUGCUGCAGUGGCAGAAGCAGCACCAGAGCGACCUCAAGAUGCUGGCCGCUAAAGAGGAGCAGCUCAGGGCGUUCCAGGAGGAAAUGGCUGCCCUGAAAGAGAACCUCCUUGCAGACGAGAAGGAGCCCUAUUGCCUGCCCCAACGGCCUGUGCCCAAAGACACCUGUAGGCUGCACCGAGAGAGUGAUCAGAUUAUGUCCAACAUGGAGCAGUGGGCAAAAGAGCAGAAGAUCGCCAAUGAGAAACUGGGAAACAAGCUCCGUGAACAGGUCAAAUAUAUCGCCAAGCUGACUGGUGAAAAGGACCACCUCCACAAUGUGAUGGUCCAUCUGCAGCAGGAAAACAAGAGGCUGAAGAACGAGAUAGAGGAGAAGAAGCUGAAAGCCAGGCACCCAGGGGUGUACGCUAAAGCCCUGGGCCGGAGCAAAAUGGAGCCCACACCAAAGGGGAGAGUGUGCGGCUCCUUGGGCUGGAGGGGAACGACCCAGGACAUGAGCCAGAGCAUGGACAUCACCAAGUUCAUUGGGAUGCCCCAUUGCUCAGGUAUGUCUACUAUUUUGUCUUUGCUACUUACUCUGAUGUUGUCUUUCUUAGUCCCAUGGAUCAAAAAAAAUAGCAGCCUGGUAUUAGUUUUCAAGACAUCACUGGAUUGGGAAUUCAAAUAG